AUGGCUUCAAAGAAAGCUUGUGUUCUCCUAGCCGAGGGCGCUGAGGAUAUGGAGACUGUAAUUAUCAUUGACGUUCUUCGUCGUGGAGGCGUUGAUGUCGAUAUCGUGGGUAUAGAUAGCCAAGCUGACCGUAUCGUUUGUGCAAGAGAUAUAAUUCUUACUCCGGAGAAAUACCUCAACGAGGUGAAGGACUCUUUCUAUGAAGUAGUCGUUCUUCCUGGUGGGGCUGUUGGUGCUGAUAAUCUAGCGAAGGAUGAAUCUGUCGGAGCAUUCUUGCGAGCCCAUCAUGAAUCUGGAAAGUAUGUCGCUGCCAUAUGUGCUGCUCCGAAAGCUUUUGCUGCUCACAAAAUACCUGCUGCAAGUGUGACAAGCUAUCCGGCGUUCAGGAAGCUCAUGGAGGAUGCCGGUUAUAACUAUAGCGAGGAACUAGUGGUAGUUGCUGGAAAUGUUAUCACAAGUCGAGGUCCUGGAACUGCUUUCCAAUUUUCUCUCAAGUUGGUCGAACUCUUGAUCGGACUCGAAAAAGCUAAAACAAUAGCUGAACAAAUGCUUCUCACGUAUUAA